AGGGCCGCCGGCGGUGUGCGCAGGCGCAGUGGGUGCUUUCGGCCGGCGGGCCGGCUAAGCGCAGAGGCUGGACGCAAUGAGACCUGGAGAGGAGCGGCCGGUGCAGGGUGGCGCCUGCGGCGACCUCUCGGAGCUGUCGCUGGUGGAGCUGCUGGAGCUGCUGAAGCUGCGCGCUACGGAGCGCAUCGACGAGGCGGCCGAGCGGCUGGGGGCCCUGAGCCGCGGCAUCUGGAGCGAGCCCGAGCUGGCCUACGAGGAGCACCGCGCCCACGGCCUGCUGACGCGCUUCUUCGAGCAGGAGCCGCCGGCCGCGUCCUGGGCGGUGCAGCCGCACUACCUGCUGCCCACGGCCUUCCGCGCCGAGUGGGCGCCUCCGGGGGCCCCCGCGCUGACGCUGGGCUUCCUCUGCGAGUACGACGCGCUGCCCGGCAUCGGCCACGCCUGCGGCCACAACCUCAUCGCCGAGGUCGGGGCCGCGGCCGCGCUGGGGCUGAGGGCGGCCCUGGAGAGCCCGCCGGGGCCGCCGCCGCCCGUGAAGGUAAUUGUCUUGGGAACCCCUGCAGAAGAAGAUGGUGGUGGCAAAAUUGAUUUAAUUGAAGCAGGUGCUUUUAAGAACCUUGAUGUUGUUUUUAUGGCCCAUCCAUCCCAAGAGGAUGCUGCUUAUCUACUAGAUGUGGCUGAACAUGAUGUAACUGUGAAAUACUAUGGAAAGGCAUCUCAUGCUGCUGCUUACCCUUGGGAAGGAGUAAAUGCCUUAGAUGCUGCUGUUCUUGCCUACAACAAUCUGUCUGUGUUAAGACAGCAAAUGAAACCAACCUGGAGAGUUCAUGGUAUAAUAAAAAACGGUGGCAUAAAACCCAAUAUCAUUCCCUCCUAUUCUGAAUUAAUUUAUUACUUACGUGCACCCUCAAUGAAAGAACUUCAAGUUUUGACUAAAAAGGUGGAAGAUUGCUUCAGAGCUGCAGCUUUGGCCACUGGGUGUACAGUUGAAAUUAAAGGUGGAGCACAUGAUUAUUACAAUGUUCUGCCCAAUAAGACCCUAUGGAAAACAUAUAUGGAGAAUGGAAAAAAACUGGGUAUAGAAUUCAUUUCAGAAGAUACAAUAUUGAAUGGCCCUUCAGGAUCUACUGAUUUUGGAAAUGUUACUUUCGUUGUUCCUGGAAUUCAUCCUUAUUUUUACAUUGGCUCUGAUGCCUUGAACCAUACUGAGCAGUACACGGAAGCUGCAGGCUCACAAAAAGCUCAGUUCUAUGCUUUACGUGUGGCCAAAGCUCUGGCAAUGACUGCGUUGGACGUUAUUUUUAAGCCAGGGUUGCUGGAAAAAAUCAGAGAGGAUUUUAAAUUGAAACUUCAAGAAGAAGAGUUUUUAAAUACGGUAGAAUAAAAGGAAGACUUAAAAGUCAAUUAUGAAUCAUUAAGAGGAAGUGAUAAUUUUUUCUUUAAUCUUUUUAUAAAAGCAUGUUUAUUUUUCAAUCUUAAAGGCAGAAGACUUUCUUAAUGUGUUAAGGACAAGAUAUAGAGAAAACACAAAUCUAAAAUGAAAAUAUUUACAUGUCUACACUUGGAAUUGUGGUAUUUCAGGAGUUGGAUGUGAUACCAUUUCCUAAACAAGCUAGAUGAUACAUGAUUUUUAUCCCUGAGAAUAAUUGACAAAGUUUUAUGUUGUAUACUAGUAAAGGUCCAGAGAAUUUCAACCCUUGUAUUGACACUUGUGGAUGCCUGAUCCAUUUUUAGUUGGGUUAUUUGUCUUCUGCUUAUGAGCUGCAUAGUGAGACCCUAAUGCUGGUCUACAUCAGCAGGAACAUCAAAGGUGGAAGUCAAAGGUCACCCUCCCACUUUCAGAGCUGCUCCUGAUUCUCUGUAUUGACACUUGUGAAAGAGUUUUAUGAUAGGAGUGGUAAACAUUCUCAAAAGUAGUUUUAAAGUUCAUGCUCUAAAUUUAGGCAGUUUAUUUCAAAUAUCUGACUAUAAUUGCUUAGGUUUAGAACUCUUUACUAGUAA